CGCAGUCUCGUACAGAGAGAAGAAGAAAAAUCUCUCAUAUGUAUGGGUCAUGAUCACACUAAGCCAGAAGAGUGCAUAUACAAAACUAGCUAGGGGAGAAAUAGAUCCACGACAGAAAUAUAUAUUGUGUCUCGUCAUAGUGUUAGGCUCUCACACCUCACCAAGAUUCAGUAGCCGCCUUUACCAACAACCGGAGUGUUAGCUAGCCUCCGCCGGCCGACCGUCCGGCCUCGCCAAACUCUUCACGUUUCGCCCGUGAGCUAGCUCCCCUUGCUACCAAGCGGCAGCUAACGACGGCAGGCGGCGGUGCCGGUGUGCGUCGAUCAUCAAGAGUCGAUCAUACAUAUAUGGGGAACGCGCUGGGGUGCGCCGGGCUGGGAGAGCGGCUGGCGGCGGCAGCGAGGGACGGCGACGCGGCGGAGGCGCGGCGGCUGCUGGCGGCGGACUCGGGCCUCGCGAGGUGCACGGCCACCUUCGGCAACCUCAGCUCGCCGCUGCACCUCGCCGCCUCCAAGGGCCACCACGAGAUCGCCGCCUUGCUGCUGGAGAACGGAGCCGACGUGAACGCCAGGAACAUAUACGGACAGGUCAGUGAGACGGCGCUGAUGCAAGCGUGCCGUUCAGGGCACUGGGAGGUUGUCCAGACGCUGCUGGCCUUCAGAUGCAAUGUGUGGAAGGCGGAUGGCCUUAGCGGCCGGACGGCGCUUCACGCGGCGGCGGCCGGCGGGCACGUGAGGUGCGUCCGCCUGCUGCUGGCGGACGCGGGCGGAGGCGCCGCUGGCGACAGGGUCCGGUACGUGAACAGGGCGGCGAGCGGCGGCGUGACGGCGCUGCACCUGGCGGCGCUGCACGGGCACGUGGACUGCGUGCACCUGCUCAUCGAUGAGCACGCGGCCCUGGGCGCGCAGACGCUCCCCAUCGCCGCGGCGCCCAUGGCGGCCAUCGGCGCCGGCAGCACGCCGCUGCACUACGCGGCCUCCGGCGGCGAGGUCAAGUGCUGCCAGAUCCUCGUGUCCAGGGGCGCCGACAGGAUGGCCGCCAACUGCAACGGGUGGCUGGCGGUGGACGUGGCCCGGAUGUGGAACUGCAACUGGCUGGAGCACGUGCUGUCGCCCAAGUCGCACCUCACCGUCCCCAAGUUCCCGCCCUCCGCCUACCUCUCCCUCCCGCUGCCCUCCCUCCUCGCCAUCGCCGCCGACCACGCCACCACCUCGCCACCGUUCAUCCCUGCAAGCGACGAGGACGACAACCACGAGGACGCCUGCUCCGUCUGCCUGGAAAGAUCCUGCAACGUCGCCGCCGAAGUGUGCGGUCACGAGCUAUGCCUGAAGUGCGCAAUGGACCUGUGCACGGUGAUGAAGGCCUACGAGGUGCCCGGGCUCGCCGGCACCAUCCCGUGCCCGCUCUGCCGGAGCGGCAUCGCCUCCUUCAGAAAGGCCGUCGCGGCCUCCGCAUCCGACGACAACGACGUCCUGGACAUCACCCUCGCAUGCGCGUGCGCCCGCUGCCAGAACUGCCAUGGCGGCGGCCGGGAAGUGGAGAAGAGCCCCGUAAGCUCCUGCCGGUACUCUACCGGCCGGCAGAGCUACGUCGGCGGCGACGGUAUGGACUCAGAGGCCACCGCGCUUGCCCUCUACUGCGCCCCGUUCGCUGCCCCCGCGGCCAUCUUGUCCUGAGAUUCCUGCCGGGUCAGCUUCAUAGAAAUCCAGGAACGUACAGGUUGACAGGAUGGUCGUAGUACUAUACAAUACAUGAAUAGAUGCCGACGUAAACCAUUUGAUUUGUUGCGUUUGGGUUGUGAAAUGUACAUAGUAGUAUAAGAUACGGGAUAGACACAUUCUUUUCUUCUUGUAUAAAUUCGGUUUCGUUUCUUGAUCCCAUACAAA